UUCUUGGUAUUGUUAUCAUACUUAUCAAGAUAUAUCUCUUUUCCUAGAUUUGUAAGAAUCUUUAAAUAGGGAUGGUUCUCUUGGUUUUUGAGUAGUUGUUUUUAUUGUGAGAUGAUUUCGAAGUUCACCCUGGUUUUCUUGGUUUGCAUUGUCGCACCAGCGAUAGGUGAUCCACCAGUUCCAGAAUGGAGUGACACUUAUAGCGUAGAAGGAACUAUCCAUUUGCCUUAUGCAGAAAUAGUAGAGCCUUUCCAUGCUUGGUAUGAUGGAAAAUCUAAAAAUUCGCGCAUUGAUUACUACAAUGGGACGGCUAAGACAUACCAACUUGGAGGAAAUGGAAAUGGUGUCCAACUGAAAGUAGUUCCAUUCACUACAGAGGAGGUCCUAAACCAAAUAACGUGCUUCCAGAUCAAUGGAACUGAAGACGAUCCAGUGACUCCUCAAUCGAUUUUGCCAGAUUUAGAAGGAUUUGAAUAUCAAGGCAUACAGGAGUAUGGAGAUAGAGAACUAGAGGUAUGGUUUCUAAAAACUGUCCAGUUAGAAAAAGAAAACGAAUACACUCUAUGGGUUGUCCGAGAUGAGCAUGGUAAAGCUAUUCCAGUUAAAUAUGAUAUGAGAGGAUACAAUUCGUUAUUGGGAAGCCACUACGAUCAUUACUAUUUGCUAUACACAUCGAAGUCUUACAGGACUCACAAGAUUGAUCCCUCCGUUUUUGAAGUAGAAACUAAUAGUGAAUGCAGAAGUUUUCCUGGACCCGGAAAUCAACAUGUUCACAUCAUGAACCCCAUGGCCGAAUACAUUCGUCCCGAAAAAAGUGAGCACGUGGACUCAAGCUUUGGCGAUUUUAUAAAUAACCACAACAAAAAUUACGCAGACACAAAAGAACACGUUUUUAGAAAAGAGGUUUUCCGUCAAAACGUCAGGUUCAUCGAAUCUGUCAACCGACAAAAUAAAGGAUAUAGUCUAGCAAUUAAUCAUCUUGCUGAUAAGACUGACAAGGAAAUUAAAUACCUGAAUGGAAGACUUUCAAGUGGAGGCAACAAUGGAGGACAACCUUUCCCUUACACAGAUGCUGAUACCGAUGAUUUACCUGAUCAAUAUGACUGGAGACUGUUUGGAGCUGUUUCACCAGUAAAAGAUCAAGCCAUAUGCGGAUCUUGCUGGUCUUUUGGAACCGUCGGCACCCUUGAAGGAUCACUUUUUUUGAAAAAUGGUGGUCGGUUGGUACAAUUAUCCCAGCAAGCUUUGGUGGAUUGUUCUUGGGGCUUUGGUAACAAUGGUUGUGAUGGUGGGGAGGAUUGGAGGGCUUACCAAUGGAUCCAAAAACACGGUGGAAUACCAAUCGAUAGUCAUUAUGGAGGCUACAAGGGAGAGGAUGGAUUUUGCGCAGCUGAUGAGGUGGAGAAGACAGCUAAAAUUACUGGUUGGGUAAACGUAACCGAAAACGAUGAAAAUGCUCUUCGUUUGGCACUCGUGAAGCAAGGACCAAUUAGUGUUAGCAUCGACGCUAGCCAAAAAUCUUUCAGUUUUUAUUCACAUGGAGUCUAUUACGAAGAAAAUUGCGGAAACAGAGAAGAAGAUUUGGACCAUUCGGUUUUAGCUGUUGGAUACGGUUCAAUCAACGGCGAAAACUAUUGGUUAAUCAAAAACAGUUGGUCUACUUAUUGGGGAAAUGACGGCUACAUCUUGAUGUCUUCCAGAAACAACAACUGUGGAGUCAUGACGGCGGCUACCUAUGUAACUAUGUAGAUAUUUAACAUAACAUCCAUAUUUAAAUAAAAAAAUAAGAAAUCCAAUUUAUUUAUAUUGUAAAUAUUUAUCAAAUAAAUUUUCUUCAUAAUA